UUGAAUUCUUGAUUAGUAAGGGAAUUCACCAGUAAAUACAAAAUCAUACAAAAAAUUUUGUUUAUGACUUUUUUGUUUGAAUUUUUAGAACCUCUGUAAUUAGAUAACGGAAUUGACCAGUCGGGCGAAAAGAAAUGCUAUCACGCCGGUCUCCGUCGAGUCGGGUCGAACCGCAGAGCAAGACGGUGGGGGAGAGGAGGAUGAAGUGCGUAUCGUGCAGAGAGGAGUACGGGGCACACGACGCCGGCACGUGCAAGGAGUGUUACGAGGAAGCGAGCGAGACGGAGGAGGAGCUGAAACAGGAGAUCGAUGAUCUCAAGGCCAAAGUGGCCUUCUUGCGCUUCGAUAACCACCACCAUAAGCCUUCGUUUACCGAUGUCGUUUUGGUCGCCUCCGAUGACUCCUCCACCAGUGUUCCCGUGUCCGUCCCGGCUCACAAGGCCGUCUUGAUGAGCCGUUCCCCAGUAUUUAAAGCAAUGCUUGAAACCGAGAUGGAGGGAAGCCGGAGUGGCACGAUUAAGAUUAGUGGAAUGUCUUAUGAUGCGCUUCGUGCAUUUGUGAAUUACUUGUACACUGCCGAAGCAGGCCUUGAUGAGCAGACAGCCUAUGACAUAUUCGUGUUGGCGGAAAAAUACCAAGUGAAGCAUCUCAAGGCUUAUUGUGAGAAGUUCCUUGUAUCCAAAUUGAAUUGGGACAAUUCAGUGAGGAGUUAUGCCUUUGCGCAGCAGCACAACGCGAAGCUUGUGCUUGAUGCUGCAUUGUCGAUGAUCACCGAUGAUAUGGUCAAGCUUACGAAGAGAGAAGAGUAUGUGGAGCUUGUGGAGAAGGAUCCCCGGCUUGUGGUGAAAAUCUAUGAAGCCUAUCUCGCCAAACAAUUCAAUACUGCCGCACACAUGGAUUCUUCCUCAAAGUCAGUAGGAUAGUAUGUCUUUUUAUCAAUUUAGAAGAUGAGUUCUUGAUCAUCUUUCUGUGCUGAAAGGAAAACAUUGGACUUGGAUGAAAUCAUCUUCUCUCGGAACAGUUCUUGGCUAUUUGUUGAUGUCAAUAUUAAGUCAUUUGGCCAAACAAAGAUCUUAAAGAAACAAUUUUUUUCAAAAUUAUUGUCAGUAAAAUAUUGGAUUUAUGGAGACUAAAAAACAGAACACAAUUCUUCC